GCCUGCAUGUGACCCUGCAAUGUGCCCUCAUUGUUUUCCACCUCAGGCUUAACGCCUCGUUUCGAAAUGGUUACAGCUAACCCCCAGAAGUGUGCAAAGCUAUUAAAAAAGCCAAGCACAUGCUCAUAAAAUGUUAUCAUUCACGCUCUGUCCGAGUGUUUCUGCGCUCUGUGUGUGUGUGUGUGUAAAUAAGAUGGGUCUUGAUGUCCCAGAUAUGGAGUCAUUAGAGUCAUUAGCUGAGUGGCUGAAUUUGAAUGGUCGGGGUCGGCGCUCUUCGGGGCGCCUCAUUAUGCAGGCGCAUUGAAAGGUAGCAGUGGGGGGGCAAAUGGGUGGUUAAGGGCUCGAACAAAAAGAGGGGCAGGGUCUCUGAGGAGGGCCAGGAUUCAAAUUCUAAGUGGAAAGAUGCCCCCAUUGUAAGUGAAGUUUAUAGCAAGCAGAGGGAGAGUUGGCACAACAGAGAGGCUGCGUGUUAUCCAUCAGUGAAGAACCAGGAUUUGGGGAUAUUACCAUGGGCUCCUCGCGCUGCAUUUGGAUUGCUCUAUUUCUUCUCUCCGCGAUGACAAGUAACACUGGAGUAUUUGGACGCGCAGUGGACACGCUGGGAUUUUUGUCACAGUGGCAGAAACCUGCAGAUGAAUCGUCCGGAUCAACUUUACGCACGGACGCGUCGAGGCGGUGGAGGCGCGGGAUUGUGGAGACGCACCGUGAGCGAUGCGCGGAGCUGACGGCGCCUUGGCUGGAAAACACAGGCCAAGCUCCUGAGGAUAAUGCAACGCUGCUGCAGCUGCGUGUUCGGCCCUUUUCCCCAGGAGCCUCCCAGGGCCUGGUGUUCCCAGGAAAAUCUCUGUUCAGCUUCGUCCGGCGGGUUUACCACUGCUGUCAGGAAGGACUCAACUGCUGGAGCAUAAAGGGGAUUCAGGGUCGGCUGAGAGGAGGCUCAGAUGUGGAGUUUCUCCUCACCAGGGAGAUUUUAUCGUUGACAGUCAUGAGAGCUGAGCUUCACCUCCAGCUCUCCAACCCCCAACAUUUGGAUAUCCAUCCAGUGAUUUCAUUUAUGGCAAAGAGAGACCUUCCUACAAGGUACAGCUUGUGGUCACGGGGCAACACGCUGGAGCUCAGAGUGGAUCUGCUGUCCCUUUUCCAGACUCUGCAGGAGGCGGCAGGUGGUGCCGAAGGCGGUCCCAGCUUGGUGAACAUGCGGCGGGUGGUGUUUUCUUCCAGGGGGCAUCCACCAGGAGAAAAGCCUGCUUCUGGGGCUCUGCAGGACACUGAUGGUGAUGUGUGGGGGGAUGGGGCUGCCGGCGUGCUGCCUGCUCUGGAGCUGGGCCUGAUCCUGAGCUGCAGUCAGGCUGGAUCGGGGGUGUCCUGCAAAAGUGGCGGCGUUCAUCUCUCACAUACACCUUUCAUGGCUCUGUACUACAGAUGAGGUCAAACUGAGACUGGACUGCUCUGCGUGGAGACAUUUUAUUAGCUGAAUCUAUGUCCUUGCUAAAAAGACAUAAAGCCUCAAAGCCUACGAGGAAAUGAUGCACUUCAAUGUCAAAUCUAUUAAUUUAUAAAUGUUAUUUUUUGUUGUAAAAUAUAUAGAUUAUAUAUGUGUGUACAUAGUGAAUAUGAUAUACUGUGACUUCAUGGAGUCAUUCUUUGGUUAUUAAAGCU